CUAUCUCUGUCUGUCUGUCUGCAUUUACGUACUUAAAACGUAUGACUGACUGAUUGAUUGAUUAAUUGAUUGAUUGGCUGAUUAACGUGAGAGGAGGAGCAGGCUCCAGUGUAAAAUACAUGAUGUACCAUGUAGCUGUAUACACCAGCUCUGCUCAGGCACCCAGUGGGAGCUAUGGGGUUAAUGUAAAAUCCUUCCGCUACUUCCUUAUCGCUGUCAUGCUGCUGCUUCUCUCUGUUCUGAGAAAUGCCUGAAUAAUUUGAUGCGGUUGGAGAAAAACGGCAAGUUAUGCGUGCACACUUUUGAUGUUGAAUUGGUUAACUUUAUUUUUCCACCUUGUUUUGUUUCUUGAUAUUACAACUUGACAUUAUGCUAUGGUGGAACGUCUGUGCUGUAUGGAGUAAACCCCGUGACUAAGUAAAUAUAUAACUUCUUCAAAUACACAGAGCACUGCUGUUUGAGAUAAAAAUGGGUGAAACAAGACGACGAGCUUUAAAAAUAGUUAUUCAGAUAACUUGCCAACUUCUAUGGAUUAAUUGCCUAGAUGCUGUUGAAUCCACUUGACUAACUGAAAAGGUGGCAGGUCUGGUGGUAGGUCUGAGUGGUAUGUACCUGUUGUUGAACUACAGACACAAUGGCAUCUUCUUCACCCACACAUACAUCAUCCUCCCAGCAUGCCUAGCUCUGGCCAGCGCUACUCUCCUAUUGGCCAGUGGAGGACUGGGCAUCUGGGUGUCCCUCAGAAAGUCAGCCUUGCUGCAGGGUGUGCUCAUACUUCCUCUACAGUUUGGGAUACAGCUUAUAUGUUGCCAUGGUUUUGGGCAUUUCAGUUUGUCUAUCUGCUGGUUGUGGUUUUCUGCCUGGAGGCAACUGCUGCUGCUCUGGCCUAUGUCAACGCAGGAAAGGUGGACUCAGAGCUGGCUCCCUUCAGUAGUGUUUUUCAAAGAUACACAGGAAGAUGUCAGGACCCAUACUCCGAUGCUGUGGACGCCACACAGAAAGAGUUGCAGUGCUGUGGAAUCUAUGACUACCGUGACUGGUUGGCCACGCCCUGGUUUAACCACAGUGGGCGGGGCAGUGUACCUCACAGCUGCUGUAAUUACACCUACCACACCUGCAACGGUACCCUGGAGCUGCCCGGGCUACUAUAUCCAAAGGGCUGCCAGGUGAAGCUGGAGGAGGCCUUGCUUUUUGUUCUGCAUCUCAUCAUCUGGUCAUCUCUGGCAGUGGCGCUAGUGGAGACUGUAGGGUUUGUGAGUGUGGCUCAGCUGAUGAGGGAACAGCCUCUGUUGGAGUAUGGAAUACUGGACAGGGAGUAUGGAAUACUGGACAGGGAGUGGGCCUGAACCAGAACCAGAGUCUCGGUCCAGAAUACUUUCUGCCAAUCUACUUUAGAUAUACUAUGUCCUGGACCUUGGUAAAGUUAAUGAUGCUGUGGACCUUAAAGGCCCAGUGCAGUCAAAUGUGUUUUUUCUUUUUUCUCCAGUGUUUUUAUAUCAUAUUUCCACACUGAGGUUGGAAGACUACUAUGGAAUUGUGAAAAUGCUGAUAAUGCCCUCUUAGUGUAAGCGCUGUUUGAAGACUGCUCUCUAGUGGUGUGUGUGGUUCUAGUUGCCUGGGCAGCUCAAGGGCCCCUAGGGUACCAUUACAGGUAAUUGACGUAAUCAUCCCCAGUCUUGUUGGUGAAGCUACUUUAAAAGAGUGAUUAUCUUGCUUCCACUAAACUAAUGUAUACACAUCUGUGAAGGAAGAUGUACUCUAAAAGUGUCCUACACUUCUGCAUACACUUCCCUCGUUUCAUAAGGAUCAACUGGAAUAUGUAAUGGCCACAAUGUUUUGUUUUUGUUCACUGAUGUAGAUUCAUGCUUGUUAAAGAAACCACUCAAUUGUUUUUGAUGGUCAACAUGUCACAUGUCCUGCAGAUGACAUAUUUAAUGACAUUUUGACACUGCCCUGCAUGUCUUUUGAGUAAUUAACUUGUUGAAACUGUUGUGUGGCUAUUGUUUGAUUGUAACUUACCCCUAUGUAGCUGGGUGAUUCUGCAAUUUAGGGCACUUUGGCCCUGCAAGCUUUCAGAAAUGAAAAGUUAUUGAAACACCAUUUUACCAGUAUUAUAAUUCUUUGAUUUGUCUAGAAAAUAUCUGAUAAUGGCUGCUAUCGUCCUAUUCGGGAAUGUACAUAUUUUUCUCAGACAGCCAUAGACGCAUUUUAUUUCCAUCACUAAACAUCCAUUUUUGUUAAAAAUGAAGUAAUUAAUUUAACACAUUUCUUAUACAUUUGUGUAUUGAGUAUUUUAAGAGAUUUACGGUUUUCCUAAUAUGAAUAAUUCAACAUGACGCCUGAAAUUUAUAGACUUGCCUUUGUGACAGCUGGAAAAAGAUAAUAAAAAUAAGAUAUUUCCGCCCAA